AUGUCAACCAGCGAAGUAAACAGUGAGUAUGAAUUGAACAGGCCGAAAUCGAUGAAGCUAAGAAAUUCAUUAAAUAUAUUUUUUAUGAUGCGUCGAGAAAACUUCCUGCGAGGAAUACUUAUCAUGCAGAGUCUCUCGAAUGUGCAUCAUUCUGUAAAUAAGAUGUUACGGCCUAGAGUAUUGGAUUUGGCUUGUGGUAAAGGAGGUGAUCUCAGAAAAUGGAAAAUCGCAAAUGUUGAUAGCGUUGUUAUGGCAGACGUAGCAGAUGUCUCGUUGACCCAAGCGAAGGAAAGAUAUGAUGAAAUGGCCCAAAGAGAGCGAUCUGGUUUAUUUCCAGCCGAAUUCGUCCAUGCAGAUUGUUGCAAGGACAACUUGAAGUCCAUGAUCAAGUCAAAACCUGAGUUUGAUCUUGUUAGUUGUCAAUUUGCCCUUCAUUAUUCGUUCAUCGACGAGCACUCUGCUCGUACUUUCUUGCGCAACGCUACAGAGACGUUGAGGCCAGGAGGCUAUUAUAUUGGGACUCUUCCCGAUGCUGAAAGGAUCGUAUGGGCAGUGCGAGAAAACGAUGGCGAAUUCAAGAAUGCUGUGUGCAGUGUUCGAUAUGACAAUAAAGAAGAAAUGGAACGACCUCCGCUAUUUGGAGCGAAAUUUCAUUUCACUCUGGAUAGCCAAGUGAACUGCCCAGAGUUCCUUGCCUAUUUUCCGCUAGUCAAGAAACUUCUAGAAGAAUUGGACAUGGAGCUCGUGUUUGUGCGAAAGUUCCCAGAGGCAUUGCAACAUUGGAAAACAACAGGAGGUGGUUUGCUCACGCGAAUGCAGGCGCUGGAACCAUAUCCACCACGGAAUGGUGCAAAACUCUCUGCUGAAGAUGCUGAAUCUUGUUUAGCUAUCAUAAUCAAGAAUAGAUUGCAUUCUGUUUUGCUUCCAAAUUUUGAUGCUGAACAUAGUCUUUUUCAGGGCACACUAUCAAAAUCUGAGUGGGAAGCCUUUUGCAUGUACCUUGUCUUCGCAUUCCGUAAGAAAGGAGCUGCUGAAGAGCCAACAUCAAGCAAACCUGAGAAUGAACGGGAAGAACCACCUAUCAAGAAGCGUUCAGAAGAAACAGAUGCAAGAGAUGGAUUACCUAUUAAAAGGAGGUUAUCAGAGGAAGCGGAAAGCAGUUCAUAG